AUGAAAUAUAAUGGUCAAAGAUACAAUUCGGAAAAACGUAAUGAGUUCAAACAACAUCAACAAUAUAAUUUACAUACGAAGUACUCAGUAUCGCAAAAUCAGCAUACAUCAGAUAAUAGACAGGAAUAUUCUACUCAUGCAGAUAAGAAAACUUCUACCAAUAGCACACCAUGUGUAACAUACUCAAUAUGUAAGAAUUCAGAUACACAAAUAUUUGGCCAGAACUACAAUAAACCAGCAGACGCUCUAUCUAAAUCUAAAAGUGUGAAGUAUGAUGAUAAUAUCAAUUAUUCGACGAGUGAGCCUAGUAAACCUAGCUUUGAAGCAAUGGCAGUUCAAGAUGAAGAUGACAUCAAGCCACUGAAGAAUGAAGUCAAAUGUAAAGGAAUUGGAGAUUCUGUAAUAUACCCACUAGGAAUGGCCGAUGUUAAGCUGCAAUUGAAUGAGAAUACGUCCGAUAUACUAGCCUUGAUUGUUGAAGAUUUUGUGAUACCAUAUAAGAUGAUUAUUGGAACAAAUACGUUGAAAAAUGUCAUUAUUGCUAUACAGGAUGAUGAAAUAUUAGUCGAACCAUUAGUACCCGAAAAGAUAUUGUGUAAUUCUGUCGAUAGCCAUCCAGAAGAGAGUAUUGAUCAUCAUAGUGAUAGAGCUAAAACCUUAGACCUGAUAUACCAGCAAUAUGAAGAUAUCAUCACAACUCAUGAAUACGACGUUGGAGAAGCUAAAAUCGGUUGA